GACGGGGCCCCGACCAGGUCGCUUCUGAUUACCCCACACCAUGCCCCUCAGCCUCUUCCGACGCCUUCUCCUUGCCGCCCUGCUGCUGGUGAUUAUCUGGACCCUCUUCGGGCCCUCGGGCAUCGGGGAGGAGCUGCUGAGCCUCUCGCUGGCCUCCCUGAGCCCGGCUCCGGCCUCUCCAGGGCCGCCCCUGGCCCUGCCUCGCCUCCUGAUCCCCAAUGAAGAGGCGUGCGGGGGUCCCGGCGCCCCACCCUUCCUGCUCAUCCUUGUGUGCACAGCCCCAGGGAACUUGAACCAAAGAAAUGCCAUUCGGGCUUCGUGGGGCGGGCUGCGUGAGGCCCGGGGACUCAGGGUGCAGACUCUCUUUCUGCUGGGAGAGCCAGGCUUGUGGCAUCCUACCAGGGAACCCCACAUCAAUCUGAUGCGGGAGGCAGCGGCCCAGGGGGACAUCUUGCAGGCAGCCUUCCGGGACUCCUACCGGAACCUUACUCUCAAGACCCUCAGUGGGCUCAACUGGGCAAACAAACACUGCUCCAUGGCCCGCUACAUCCUCAAGACGGAUGAUGAUGUGUUUGUCAAUGUCCCUGAACUGGUGUCAGAGCUGAUUCGGCGAGGGGGCCGUUGGGAACAAUGGGAGAAGGGCAAGGAUCCGCCUCUGAGAGAGGUUGAGUCUGGAGAUGAAGACAUGCAAGAGGGGUCCAUCUUGAGGAGACAGCCAGUGCCUCUUCUGUACCUGGGCCGCGUGCACUGGCGGGUGCACCCCUCUCGGACACCAGGGAACAAGCACCAGAUAUCCGAGGAGCAGUGGCCUCCUACCUGGGGCCCUUUUCCACCCUAUGCCUCUGGCACGGGGUAUGUGCUCUCAGCUUCUGCCGUGCAGCUCAUCCUGAAAGUGGCCAGCCGGGCACCCCCUCUGCCACUGGAAGAUGUCUUUGUGGGGGUCAGUGCCCGACGAGGAGGCCUCACCCCGACCCACUGUGUCAAGCUGGCUGGGGCCACCCACUACCCCUUGGACCGGUGCUGCUAUGGGAAAUUCCUGCUGACAUCCCAUAAGCUGGACCCCUGGAAGAUGCAGGAAGCCUGGAAGCUGGUGGGCGGCUCUGACAGGGAAAGGACUGCAGCCUUCUGCUCCUGGCUCCAGGAAGUCUUGGGCAUCCUGCGCUGUCGGGUAAUAGCUUGGCUUCACAGCUGAGAGUGCCUGGGGCCACAGGAGUGAGGAGCUGAGGGUCGAGCUGGCACCCCCUCCACCUUCUCCAGCCCAGGCCCAAGGCAGGGGGCCCUGACUGGCUGCAGCUGACCAGUCUCCUCUAUCAGAUGCUCUAUUACUGAAGAUGGAGAGAUACGGGAGAAAUCUAGGGGCCUGGCCUGCCAGCCCCCAUCACGGUCGCCAGGAAGAGCAAACCAGUGCUGGGGUGCUUUCUUCAGCUAUGGCAGAGGAGGGGCAUAAGCUCCUCAAUAAACUUGUUUGUCUACCUCUUCGAGUACAGCGUGAUCCUCACCAGGAGUCCAAGAACACAAACCUGGGGAGCCUGGAGGCUGCCAGACCAUGCUGGAUGGGAAGGACAUCGAUCGCCAGGGACGUGGGAAAGAGAGGAGGAAGGGCCCUACAGAAAAAGGCUAAGGUCAUGGUGAUAAGAUACAGGGUGGGGUAGAAGCGGGAUACCAGGACCCCAUCCAAUCCUAG